AUGUACAACUCAGCGGAGACUGGCACCUACGGCCAGGAUGGCUUCGAUGCCUUCAGCAGCAAAACAGUUCGUCUUGCACUGACACACUUUGCCAAACUUGAAAACACAUGCUCAAUUUUCAUCAUUACAGUGAUGGUGCUCGUGGUCACCAUCAUCAUGCUGACUUGUUGCGAGAACUUUCGACGAAAGACUCCACACAACUACGUGGCACUGAUGGUGUUUACCUUUGCCGAGUCUUUCAUGGUCGGGGUGAUCUCAUCAAUGUACUACUACAAGAUCGUUCUCACGGCUGUACUGAUCACCGCGGUCAUCUGUCUGGCGCUGACCAUUUUCGCGUUCCAAACGAAGAUCGACUUUACCGUCUACAAUGGCUUGCUCUUUGUCCUCCUGAUCGUCCUGAUGCUGUUUGGCUUGAUUGCCUCUUUCUGGCGUGACGGCAUCGUGCAUCUCAUCUACUCUUGUCUGGGAGCCCUCUUGUUCUCUGCUUACCUUGUAGUUGACACCCAAAUGAUCGUGGGCGGAACCCACAAGUUCCAGAUUUCAUCGGAAGAAUACGUUUUCGCCGCGCUGACAUUAUAUUUAGAUGUUAUUAACAUCUUUUUAUAUGUUUUGAGCAUAAUUUCCUCAGCCAACCGUUCUUGA